UUGUUAGUCCUGAAGAAAUAUUAAAGUGAGGGCGGCGGGGCGGCGGCAGACAAACAGCGCUAUCGCACUAGUGUUGUGCAGUUGUGGGAGGAACAACAGCAUCAGUACUGGCCGCGCAGGGAAGACCACUGACGGACAUCUCGCCACACUCUUCCGCUUUGACACACAAGUCAAGAUGCCUACUACUAUAGCAGUGGUCUUUGAUAACCCAUCGGGAGUCUUCUUCACUGGCCAGAACAUCACCGGUGAUGUCAGGGUGACUUGUGAUAAACCCAAGAAGUGCAGAGGUAUUGAGGUGGAGUUCAAGGGAUAUGCAAAGGUUCACUGGACUGAGAGGAAAACCACGGGAACAGGGAAUGACCGUAAGACAGAGACCCACCACUAUACCAGCCAAGAGAAAUACUAUGAUAUGAACUACUGGAUGUGGGGCAACGGCAAAGAUUCAUAUGAGCUUCCCCCUGGCCAGCAUGUCUUUCGCUUUGCCUUCCUUUUACCCACUGGCAUCCCCUCAUCAUUUGAGUCACAUGUGGGGAAGAUCCGCCACCAAUGCAAGGCCAAGAUGGACAUCCCGUGGAAGAUUGAUAAGUCUUGCACUCGACCGUAUUCUGUCAACACUCUUUUGGACCUUAAUACCAAUCCCCAAGCACGUCUGCCCAUCAGUUACACCGAUGAAAAGUACCUGUGCUGUUUCUGCUGCCGCAGUGGCCCCAUGUCAAUAGUGCUGCGCAUUGACCGUUCUGGCUUUGUGCCUGGCGAGAAGAUGUUAAUCAAUGCUGAGUGUACAAACAUGACAGGGAAUGAAGUCAACCACACCAAAGCCAAGAUUGAACAGAUCAUCACCUACUAUGCUGAGGGGCACAAGAAGGUGGAAAAGCGGAAGGUGGCUGAGUUGAAGCAUGGCAUCAUCAAAGCUGGGGAGGCUGAUAUUUGGUCCGGCGUGGAGAUGAUGAUCCCACCGCUGCCUCCCUCCAACCUUGAAUUCUGCCGCAUCAUUGACAUUGACUAUGAGUUCCAGUUUGAGAUGGAGCCGUCUGGCUGCCACACUGAUAUGGACUUUGCAGUGCCCAUAAUCCUUGGCUCAGUACCCUUCAAGCAGUACUUCAGCUCUUUUGUACCUGCUGCACCUCCUGCCUUCCCUCCACCUGCUGGGCUUCCAAGUGCCCCAGGUUAUCCACCUCAGCCAGGCAUGCCUGUGCAGCCCCCUAUGCCUCCCAUAGCAGGAUAUCCUGGCCAGCCACCCAUGAAUCCCAGUGCCCCCCCAGCAGUAGGGUUUGUGGCAGGUAGUGCUGCGAUGGGACUCAACCCAGCCUACAAUCCCGGUGAAAUGCCUCCCCCCUAUCCUGGCCUAUCAGCCCCCACUGCCCCAGCCUUCCCCGGCAUCCAGCAGUACCCAGGAAUGCCCCUGCCUUCGUACAACACCUGCAUGUUUGGAGUGACCACCUUUGAUGAGCACGACAGUGAUGAUGACAACCAAGGCCAUGGUGCAGGGUUUGCUCCACAAUAUGUGUCUUACUCACUGGUGGGCGCCACUCCUUCAGGUGCCUUCAUGAGUGGAGCUCCUAGCCCUGACCAACUUUUCAAUGCAGGAGACACGGAUCCACUCAUUCACCGGAAGUCCUCCAAAAGCAGCAGCAGCAGCAGCAGCAGCAGCAGCAGCAGCAGUAGUGAUGAUGAAGGGGAGCACCACCAUCACAAUGAAGUGCACCCAGGUGAUCAUUAUAUUGGUGGUGAGGUGGAAAGGAAUGAACACUGUGGGAAUGUUGUGGUGGUGUGUGAGGCAGCAGAAGUUGAGGAAAGGCAUAGUCACAGUAGCCACAGCAGUCACAGCGACCAUGGGUGUGAGGAGGUGGAGGAGGAGCAUGGUGGGGAAGAUCAUUGUGUAAAGGAGGAAGAGCAUGGCGAGGAAGAAGUGGUUGAGGAAGAGGAAUGUGGUGAUGAGGAAUGUGGUGGUGGUGAUGAGGAAUGUGGUGGUGGUGAUGAGGAGUGUGGUGGUGAAGAUGAGUAGGAGUGUGUUGAGGAGAUGGAUGUUGAUAGUGGUGGUGAUCAAAGUAAAAAAUAAUUUGAAUUGUAUAGUUGUUAACAGAUAUGAUUCAAAUUUUUUUAUUCCUCAUUUUUUACAAGAUUGAUAUUUUGUUUUGAGUUGAGUAUUGACUCUUAGCGGAUUGUUGUUAUUGUGAAUGUUACAAUUAUCUGUCGCUUGUAUGUGUGCUAGAGUUAGAACAAAGAAGAAUUCUA